AUGCCGACAGCUCUGCAUCCCCAAGCAAAGUUCGACCCCAUUCCUCCCAACCUCGACCUGCACAACCUCGUCGAGAGGACGCAGAACUUCCAAUGGGUCUUGCGCAUUACCGCCGCACAGAUCCGCAACAUUGACUCGCAGGAGUUCGAGAAGCUGGUCUAUAUUCAUGUCAUCCAUGGCGGGAAACCGCUUGUCGUCGAGAAAUGGAAUGAUUGGUUGCCAAAGACGCUCUUCAGUGCCGAGUGGCUGGAGAGCGUCUACAAUAAAAAGGAGGAGAAUGUCCGCGAUAUUGUCUCGCAAACCGACAUCCCCAUGACCACUGGCCACUACCUGCGAUCGAUGAAGCGGUUGACCAACCAAUGGACCCCUACAAACUUCCGGGAUGACCGCCGACAGCGGCUAUAUCUUAAGGACAUCGACUGCCCUCCCGAGUGGUCCGAGCGCCUCCAAAAGGUGAUACCUCCAAAUCUCUUCUACAUGAACGAAAACGUCGACGAACGAGGGCCAAGGAAGUCCGGCGACGAUCUAGACUUGUUCCAGGACGCCCGUUCUGCUACUCCUGCCGGAGAUCUGAUGAGCAGCCUUCCUGAGCCGAUGCGCGCGCAGAAUCUCAUGUGCUACAUUGGCCACGAAGGGACAUACACUCCAGCACAUCGAGAAAUGUGCGCCAGCUUGGGUCAAAACAUCAUGGUCGAUGCGUCUGGCGACGAGAAUGGGGAGAAGCCUGGAAGCUCAAUAUGGUUCAUGACCGAGACCAAGGACCGUGAGGUGGUUAGGGAGUACUUUCUGUCCAUGUUGGGCCACGACGUCGAGAUCGAAAAGCACUUUGCCCAGAUAAAUGCCUGGAAGAAGGCCACCUUUCCAGUGUAUAUUGUCGAACAGAAGGUUGGCGACUUCAUUCUGGUCCCUCCGCUAGCUCCGCAUCAGGUCUGGAACCGCGGCACCAGAACUAUCAAGGUGGCUUGGAACAGGACGACGGUCAAGACGCUGGAGAUGGCCCUUCACGAGGCACUCCCAAAGGCCCGGCUCGUGUGCCGCGACGAACAAUACAAGAACAAGGCCAUUAUCUACUUCACCCUCGAGAAAUACUACAAUGAGAUGCUAGACAUGGAGAAAACUGCGGGUAUCGGCUUGCUUGGCUUUGGCCAGGACCUGAUCCGAAACUCGACCAGAAUGGAGCAGAUGGCGGGCGACUUCAAAGCUCUCUUUCGGCUCUUCGCCGAAAUCCUCAUUUCCGAAAUGUUCGCAAACAAGGAGAAGGAUGUCGAGUAUAUCGAGUUCGACUCCUGCGUCACCUGCUCCUACUGCCGGGCCAACAUCUUCAAUCGUUUCCUGACAUGCAAGCACUGCGUCCGCCAGCUCGUCAACGGCGACGAAGACACAUACGACAUCUGCAUGGAGUGCUAUGCAAUGGGUCGAUCCUGCCUUUGCGUCUCAAAUCUCAGUUGGUGCGAGCAAUGGCAGUGGUCUGAUCUAGUCGACCGUUACGAGGAAUGGCGCGCACUGAUCAUCAAGAACGACGGCUACGUUGAUUUUGACACCUCCCCAUUACCCUUGGAGCUGGCGAGGAAGAAGUCUGGCAAGAAGUCGGUGGCCCAGAUCUGCCAGGAGCAGCUUCGCCGACGGCCAUGGAAGGACUUGAACAAAGUCGAUGAGCCCGAACAGGAAGAGAUUUCAGAGCCCGAGAUUAACGAGGAGGGCCGGCCGAUCAAGAAGAAGUACCGUCGGAAGAAGAAGGGCGACGUUUACCGAUGCCACGUUUGCUGCCACAAGGAUUACACCUACAAGUUGGCAUUCUGCUCCAACCCGGGCUGCAACGAAGCUUAUUGCUACGGCGUGCUUUAUCGGGCCUUCGACAUGGAGCCGCAAGAGGUGAUGCAGAAUGAGCGGUGGUUCUGUCCCAAAUGCAAACAAAUCUGCAACUGCGGUUCGUGUCGUCGAGCGGGAUGGGGCACACCCUACAUCCCAAAGAACACCCUCCUAGGACACGACACUCAGCCAAUUGCCGACGAUCGCAGCGUUGAAUCUCUCGUCGAUCUUCGAGUGCACAACCUCUCCUGGCUGAAAAACGCUGGGGACGAGAGCAGGAGCUUGUCGAGCAAACGAAUGAAGUGGCUGCAACAAGCAGCUGAAGCUGAAAAGGCAAAGGGAUCGGGCUUAGAUAACGAGGUACCGGAGCUUCCUAGCGGCGAGGAAGCUGCCAGACUUGACGCUGCCAUGCAGCAGUCCAUUGAAAACGGUUACAGCGACCAGAGCCAGGUUCUUGGCUACGACGCCGCAAGCCGAUUUGAGGCCAACGGCUCUGCUCCUUACGACCAACAACCAAACGGCAACCAACAGGCGGCUAAGACUACCGACAUAUCCAUCAGCCAGGAUCAGUCUGAAUACCCGGAUCCCUCCAUGUUCGCCAGCAAGAGAAUGCUGGGCAUGAGCUACUAUGCACAGGAUGAUAGCCCCGACAGGAUUCUCUUUGAUCCCUAUCAGAUCCCAUCCGCGGAAAGCCUGGUGGCCGAUGACAAGCCCGAGAUGUCUGAAUAUUUCAAGAAGCAGCUCCGAUGGGCUAAGCGCCGGGCCCGGCAUGACGACGACAAUGAUCCAGAUUUCGUCGCAUCCAAUAGGAGCCACCAGAGGAAGAGACAACGAUCAAGCAAUGGCGCAAACCAUGAUGGUCAGCGGGACGGUCUAAACAAUAUGGACCCGGCUCUGUUUGGCGACGACACGAUGAUGGACGCCCCCACCGACGAGGACGCCAUUCCAGCUGCUCAAAUCAAACCAGAGCCUGAGAGGCCAGAAGAGGAAGACCAGUCGGCGCCGGAACCUGUCGCGGCCGUAAACCCCCAGGACCCUGGUGAUCACGAUCAUCUUCCAUAUUCUCCAAAUCGCCCAGCUCUUCGCCACGCACGACCUAAGGCGUCUUAUUGUGAUGAAGACAAUGAUGAAGAAGAAUUUAACGACAUCGUCAUACCACGAUCCCAGAGACCUUCUCCGGGCAUCACGAAUUUCAACCCGGAAAACAUAGCGAAGGACCCUCUUGAUCUAGCUGAGGCAGUUAUCUUUGCCAUGGGUAACGGCGGUGGCGUAGCCUCCGAGAAAUCUGGCUCAGCGCCCGCUUCUCAUAAGAAGAGAAUAGGACGCCCACCUCGCCAAUCAGCCGGGCGACCAAUUGGCCGGCCACGGUGGUCAGAGGUUCAAGCUCAAGUCACAGAUCAGCCAGUAGGAGAGACAGAAACACCCGAGAAGCUAGCAAAGCGCCGCGGCCGGCCUCCGCGCUCGGGAUCGCGCCUAUCCAACAAUGUCGGAGCGGGUGAUAAGCCCGACGCUGAUGAAGAGAAUUCCCCUGAAGUCGAUCUUGAUGCGCAGCUUGCGAAGCACCUUGAUGAUUUUGAUGACGAAGGCGAAUUCAUUGAGCCGGCAAUUUUGACUCCCAUCUCUGAAGACUCUGCCCCCGCCAGUCCGAGGAGAAAUAGACGUCCACCGUGCAGCGCACAGUCCCAGCCUCAAGCUUCGGUGUCCAAAGUAACGGUCGAGCUAUCUACCAAUAAGCCCUUCUUAUCCAUGGCCGAGCGAAUGAGGCUCAAAGAGAAGAAAGCAAAGAUUGCUGAGCGGAGGAAUCCCGAAGAGGCAUCCCCUGCUAUGCUCGCAAAUGAGAGCACGGAAUCCCAAGAGUCGAUAGAGAGUCCAACUACGAACCUGCCGGUUAGAAAAGGGGGGCCAGCACUAAGGGGCAGGGGCAGUGGCUUGCGACAAAGCGUAAGCGUAGAAGUGGUCGCGGAUGAAGACUUUGAUCCGAAUGCAGAUGAAGAGCCUGUUUCGGAGGCCGCUAGUUCGCCCCCAGCUGCCCAAGAAGACGACGAGUCCGUCUAUGAGGAGCCGAACCACCCGUAUCCUCCAGAGGAACAGUCGCUUCCACCAAGCCCUUCUCCACUCCCAGAGCAGGCGUCGCCAUCUCCAAGCCCCACUCCCUCCAAUACGGCAUCGGUGUCGAUAGUGCCACCACCCAAGGCCGUGUCCUCUGGCCCGACCGUUCUCAGACUUAUGGAUUCUGAGGACGAGGAAGAGCCAUAUGGAUCCAAGAAGGAACAGCUUCAAGAGGCCGUGGGCGAGGCCGCGGUCGAGGCCGAGGAGGAGCAGGCGGUGAGAGAGGAAGGGGGCAGCCUGUGGCUCGACAUGGAAUGUCGUGAUGGAACACGGAUGAUUGGUUUGCUUAUUGCUGCCUGA